GUUGACAAAGAGAGAGCAGCCUACCUCCUGGGCAGGCAGCUGUGGUCUGAGGCCCCCACCCAGCUGGAAACCGCAGUGGGCGGGGAGGGCGGGGAGGAGCGGAGAGAGGAGGGCAGAGGAGAAGGGAGGAGAGAUGGCCACCAUGGGGCCCUGGAGUCGGGUCAGGGCGGCCAAAUGCCAGAUGCUGGUCACCAGCUUCCUUGUCUUGCUCCUGGGCCUGUCUAUGGCCACCUUGGCUGCUCUCACCUACUUCGGGGCCCACUUUGCUGUCCUUGGCCACGCGUCCUCAGACAGGACCCCCUAUGAGGCCGUGCACCGCUGGGCCUUCUAUGCCUGCAUCAGCCUGGCCGGGCUCCUGACCCUGGGUGCUGUCCUGGGUGCUGCGGCCACUGUGAGGGAGGCCGGGGGCCUCAUGGCUGGGGGUUUCCUGUGCUUUGCCCUGGUGUUCGGAGCCCUGGCGCAGGCGGCCUUCUGGAGACUCCACAGCCCCACCCAGGUGGAGGAUGCCAUGCUGGACGCCUACGACCUGCUGUAUGACCGGGCGGUGAGGAGCCUGUCCAGCACCCCGCGGCAGCAGCUGCUGGCCAUUCAGGACACGUUCCUGUGCUGUGGCAAGAGCUCUCCUUUCAGCCUCCUGGGGGACGCGGAGGCCAGCCUGUGUCGGGGAGAGCAGGCAGCCAGACAGGGAGUGAGGGAGACCCAGCGUGCCCGGGGGAGCCAGCCCCAUGCUGCAGCCCAGGCAGCUCAGCAGACGCCUAAGAAAGGACUGCCUGGUGAGGAUCGAGAGCUCCCUGAGGACGUACGGACACAUCGUCUCCAUCCUGACCGGCAUCGGCCUCGCCGCCAUGGUGUAUGCAAUGCUGCUCAGCGCCUUUCUCUGGUUCUCCAUUCGCUCUGGCAGCAGCCUGGACCGCAGGGGCAAAUACACCCUGAACCAGAGGUAGGCCCCUGCCUGCCACCCCCUCCCCACCCCCAAGAGGCAGAGGCCAGCAGCAGGUGGAGGAGGCCAGGUGCUCAGGCUGGCUCACAGGCCACAGGGCACCGCCCCUUCCCAUUCCCCGACGGCUUUGCCUGCCCCCAGCUGCGGGACCCUGGACCAAGAGCCCAGGCUGACUCUAGGAGGCCCUGGCUGCCAGCCCCAGGAGCCCAGCACCUUCAGACGCUCCCGGGGGGGCCCCGCGCUUUAGCGCCCAACUGAAGCAAAUGUUCUCCAUGGCUGCGUGGGUGCAAGUGGACCCUUGGGGGGCCCUCGGCGGCUCCAGGACGACUGACACCAUUGCAACUGCCCGUCCCGCCACCUGUGCGCCCACAGAGGCUCAGCCGGCCCAAACAUGAGCCUUAUAAGGAGGAUGUGAGGUGUCUUCUGCCACAUGGUGGAGGGAGGGGAGGAGGAGGCCGGCCCAGAUACACAGGCUCCUUUUCAGCAGACAGAGGGAUCAGGGUCCCUCACAGACCCCGUGGGGACAGGCUGGGAAGAGGUCAGAAUGGAGAAGCCACGGGGCAGGCUUGACUGGACGCUCUGCCUGGUCUCACGAGGUCAGAGCCCAGGGCUGAGCCGGGCUGGGCUCCCCACGUGCUGCAGGCUUGGGGGGCACCCCUUCCAGGCUCGGCUGGGCUGUGGGAGGAACACGGGUCCGUGCAGCUGUGGGACGGAGAGUCCCCUCCUUGCCGGCCGUCAGCGGCGACAGUCCUAUGCUCCCUAAGACCACGUCCUCUCCUUUGCGUGACAGGCCCUCGCCUCCAACGCAGCGAGGGCAUGCCCGUCCUUGCGCUGAGGGCUUCCGACCUCCCCUUCCCUCCGGCAGGGGAGCGCUCUGCUUUCAAGGGCCCCUGUGGCUGCAUGAGGUCCACUGGGAACCUCCGUCUCUCGGGCAGAACUCUCACACUUCUAGGGACACUGUGCUCACAGGUGUCAGUACUCGAGGCAGGACAUCUGGUGUGAGUGCGGAGGGCACUGUAGAAAUUCCGGUAGCCAGGGGGCUCCCCUGGACGCCCGAACCCCCUCUAACUGCCCUGAGGCUGUGCUGCCCAAAAUCCCAGCCUCCACCAAGACCAACAAAGGCGGGGGGGUCCUCCAAAACAGAAGGACCGUUCUGCGACAGGCAGCCAAAAAAGUGACGUGACGAAUACCUACCCCAGGCCUCCCCUUGUGUUUCCAGUCACUCGCACGCACUCACACGUGCACAUACGCGCGCACACACCUCCCGAAAGCAAGCACGUUCCUGCCUAAUGGAGCGCCGAAAGCACCCCUCCAGCUGCAGACCUUGUCCCCCGACGAGGAUGCCCCGAGUCUCACAGGUCCUGCGUUAGGGGACAGUCGGUCUCUGGCCAUGCGCGGCCCCCUCUGGCCCUGUCCUGGUCGGUCUGCCUUCUAAGCUCAGAUAACCAGCAAAGCUCUGCGAUGGCGCAGCGAGAGGAAAGAAAAGGGCGUUUAGUGAAAUUCUGCCGACCAGCGACUCGGCAGGGCGGGAAUCUCCAGGUGGUUGUUAAGAAAUCAGUGGAUAAAACAGACAUGGCGGGACAGGACAAAGGUUGUAGAACAGCACCGUCGAGGCUGGGCGGGCGGGAGGGACGGACGCCCUGCUGCUGACCCACCAGGACUCCAGCGUGGACGGAGGGGAGCAGCAGGAACAAAGAUCACUACAAGAAGCAGACCCCGGGAGUUCCGGGGGCGAUAAUCAGACGCCUGGUCCAGACAAAGGUUGACAGAGGGCCGGGGUCCCUGCGCUCCACCCUCACUGGGGUGCAGAAGAGAAGCCCCCCGGACUCCUUGAUGCAGGAGCCGCAUGCCCUGUGGCACCAAAUCCACGGCCAAGUCUGACCCGGCCGCCACUGGACCUGGGGAAGGCUACAUGCACGGCAGGCCGGGUUAUGGGAGCUGCAGCGUGUGCCAGGCCCCAUGUGAGCUGUCUCCUCUUCUCCUGGACUGUGUUCUGGGGACGGACGUCUGCCGGGGGGUGUCCCACCUGGUGCUGGCAAACAGCAGGCACGCAGCCCCACCCCUCCCACGGCGUCCAUGGGGCCUGAGGCCACGUGGCAUAGAAGCAGGCGCCUUCUCUGGCCACAGCCCCAAGUGGACCCUCGGCCUGGGUUUGCAGCAAGAGCCUGUGGGCACCUCCCAGGGGGCGCGGGGACUUCAAGCUGGAGAAGCUUCAUUUGAGGUUCGGGGCACCCAGUUCCUAAAACCCUUGUCACCUCCGAAGUAGUGAGAGUGUCUCGUGUGUGUCCCUGCGAUGACGGGUGGCUUCGGGACAGAGGCUGGUCUCCGGAGAGGCCAGGUGUGCAGAGAGCCCCA